GCGGACCUCGAGCUCUCUGCUCUCUCCACUCACCACACACCCCUUCCGUCCAUCUCUCGACAUGGCCGCCACGGCGGCAGGAGGCGCUUCGGCAGCGCUCCUGCGCCGCAGUGCGCGCGCAGCCUCGUCGCAUGCUGCCUUCUUCGCCGCCGCCCGCGCCGUGCUGCUCCCGCCGGCACCAGCACCGCGCCGCCGAGCCUCGCCGGCGCGCCAGAUGCCGUCGCCUCGCUCGUACGCAUCACUCUCUGCGGCCGGCCCGAGCUCUGCUGCAUUCGAUACCGCACCUCUGCUCUUCCACGACGUGCUCGUCGAGUCGUGGGACUGGAGCCGCCGCGCUGUCCGCGACUCGGCCGCCUCGAGCGAGGCGCAUCGCGCCCUGGCGCGGGCCUGGGCACAGCCACACGAGGAGUCGCAGCCGCUCGUCUCGACCUCGUAUCACUGGGAGCGGCUGGCAGACUCAGCCUUGCAGCCGCGGCUGGCUGUCGCAAAGCCGCAACUGUCCGUGCAGCGCGACGCAGCCUCGUCGUCGCGCCUCUCGACUGAGCACCUGCUCCGCCUCAUCUCAGGCGGCCGGGUGCUAGAGGCGAUGCAUCUCUUCGAGACUGCUCUGCAGCGAAUAAGCGUCCCACGGCUUCAGCAUCUUGCGUCGGAUGCUCGGCGCAACUUGUCCGCGCUGGACGAUCUGCUCGGUGCAGAGGGCCUGCUCAGGCCAGCUGCGAUCGAGGCCAUGAUCCUCUCAAUCGCGGCGCAGGCCAAGCGGCCCAUAUGCCGGGGCGCUGUCGCCACCCGGGCGUCGUGGCAGCCGAGCCACCUGCCGGAGCAACUCGACUUCUCUGCCCUCGGACGCGAGCAUCAGUCGAUGUUUGCCAUUGCUGCACUCUACGACGCACUGCUGCAACUGGGCUUCAUGCCCUCUUCGCGCAUCGCGGCGCUCCUCAUCGAGAUCGCAACACCGUUGCUGCGUACUGACAAGAUCGAGGCCUUCGUCGAUGCUCAGCUCCGCGCGGCAGGCGGCGCUAUCGCUCGCGGCCGAGAGGAGAGCUACAGCAUGCCUGGCGAGAGGCUGGAUCGCGGCUGCUUCGGUCUCGAUGCGGUCGAGCAGGCAGUGCUGGCGUACGGCCGCGCACAGGUGCCAUGGCGCGGCGAAGCGCUGCUUGCCUGGUGGAGUUGCCGCGCCAACGACCGAUCACGGUACCUCGCACCAAUCGCCAUCGCGCGCUUCCCAGCGGCGGCGCAGUCGAAGAACUCUCUGAGCGCUCCAGACGAGAUCACAAUAGCCGGAUGGUCGUCGUCUCCCCGCAUCUGGGUUUCGCUGAUCGCAGCACGGGCGCAGUCGGGCGACUUGAGUGGCGCGAAGGUCUGGCUCGAGCGCUAUCGAGCGCUAGCAAAGACGAGCGGAGCGCCGCCAGACUCGGCACCGUAUGAGGCUUUUGCGCGCGCAUGCACGGGCCCGGCCUUGAUGCCUCGCUUCACUGGCUGGAGACCGCGGCCAAGAGAGAUGGAGGACGAGACCGAAGAGCAAGUAGCGCGCGAUGCCGAGCAAGAGGACGUUGUGCCUGUCGCCCACGCCCGCACGCUUGCGAUGCGCGCCGUCCUCGAUGCAGCCGUGUCCGACGGGAUCGGCAUCUCCUCGAGGCUCGGUGGCCUGGUCAUCUCCUUCGAGGCAAGCUGCGGGCGCACGCACGAGGCUGCCUCGCUGCUAGUGCAGCUGCUCGAUCGCGCGCUCACGCCUCGCCCGACGACGGGCGCUACCACUCGGUCGUCGCAGCAGCGCACGUCUCUCGACUGGCCGCUGUGCAUCGCUGUCUUCCGCGUCUACGAGCGUCUCGCCUUGGCCUCUCCCGGCACGACGCCCACGCUCGCCGCCUUCCUGCCGGCUGCGCCAGCCUCGGCCGCUGCUCUGCGUCCCUUCUCUACGCUGCGCGGGGUCGUCCGCGCCCUGGCCGCCUCGCACUUCGAGCUUACUCGCGGCAACGCUAAGCGGCACAGCAUGUACAGCAAGCCGAACAUGCUCCUCGCCGCGCUGCGAGCUGCGCUGCUCUCGUGCGACUUUGCGCUGGCACGCGCGGUCCUGCAGAUGCAUCAGGCAUGGCACGUCGCUGUCGCCAAGACCUGCAAGGACGAGAUCCGCCGCGCCUACGCCUACCACUUCUGGUCCGGCAACUCCUCGCUGGGCGAUGCACAUGAGGCCGUGCUGGACUCCGUCGGAAGCGAGGAAGGAGCUUUGUCUGACACGACGGGCUAUUCCGAGGAGGGAGCAUCUGAAGGCAGUGUGCAGCAGCGCUUCACGGUACCGGCACCGAGCGUGCAAGAGGUCAUGGCGGAGCCCUUCUCGCUGCUCGAUGAGCUCAUCGUGCGACAGACGGUCAAGGACCGCUGCGACGACACGGCGGCAGCUCACGAGCUUUCGAGCAUGUCUGCGGAACAGCGCAGCGAGCUCGUCGAGGAGGCGCUUCGCGGCGUCUGUCUCGACUUGGGCCUGUCGCGGGACUUCGCUGCGCUGUCAAGCGGUGACGCGACUGAGGCGCAGCCGGACCUGCCGUGUGUGAAAGCAGCGUAGCUGGACAGAUCUCACCAUCUACCAAUGACAUUCCUGCGGCACCUCUUGCUGCGCUGUAUUGAGCCUCACGCCGGGCGUCGUGACAGAGAGCAUUCGCCGGCGAACGCGCGGGCAGGCUGUCGCCUUGCCCCUUUGGGGUUGAUCUUGUCUGUCUGUGAUGAUGCCGCCAGAGUCCGGGCAGUCUCUGAACCUUGGCUUCGCUCUGAAGGGCAGAGAGAGAAAGGUCUCUGAGGAACGUGGGCACCCUGUAACGCGCGCGCGCCAUGGUCGGGUGUUGCUCACGCGGCGCGCCGCGGCGCGUGUCGUGCUCUC